UCCUGGGAGGGACAUGGGGGGCCAGAAUCGUGACAAGGCGGAUCAUCGGCCUGCAGAGGGUGCUCCGGAGGCUGGGUCGAGCUAAUUCCCUGAGAGACCAGCAGGAGGCACCGCAGGGACACUUCCCCGGUUGACAUUAAGCUCCACCAUCACUGAGUUUAAGUACCGCGCCUUCCCGGCACACACCAAGAUCUCCCUCCAAGUCUGCUUCUGUGGGAUCUGCUGGAAGAACAGAUAUGGAAGACAGUGAGUUUGUUAGAACCGAUAAUAACGGAGAAAGGAAGAUGUACAAUGAACAGAGCACAAGAGACCAGAGACCAGUGGGAAGUGGCAAAAGGAGAAUCUGCAAAACACUUGGAUAUCUAACAGGAGAAAUGAAAGAGUGUGGAGACUGGCUGAAAGAUAAACCUCUAGUUGUUCAGUUUAUUGACUGGGUCCUGCGGGGAAUAUCCCAGGUGAUGUUUGUCAACAACCCACUCAGUGGGCUACUUAUUCUAGCCGGACUGUUGAUCCAGAAUCCUUGGUGGACGCUCACAGGCUGUUCAGGAACAGUUGUCUCGACGUUAACGGCACUUAUUCUGAGCCAGGACAGAUCAGCCAUAGCAGCGGGACUGUUCGGCUACAAUGGAGUCCUGGUGGGACUGCUCAUGGCGGUGUUCUCUGACAAAGGAGAUUAUUAUUGGUGGCUUCUACUGCCAGUUGUUGUUACAUCCAUGGCUUGCCCAGUUCUUUCCAGUGCUUUAGGUUCAGUCUUCAGGAAAUGGGACCUUCCUGUUUUCACCCUGCCUUUCAACAUUGCCGUGUCUCUUUACUUGUCUGCCACUGGACACUACAACCGCUUCUUCCCCACCACUCUCAUUCAGCCUGUAACAUCAGUGCCCAAUAUCACCUGGUCUGAAAUCGAAGUGCCACUGUUGCUACAAUCCAUUCCAGUCGGCAUUGGUCAGGUGUAUGGCUGUGAUAAUCCCUGGACUGGUGGCAUCUUCCUGGUUGCUUUACUCAUCUCCUCUCCACUUAUUUGCUUGCAUGCUGCAAUCGGAUCAGCAGUGGGGAUGCUGGCAGCGCUGACCAUUGCAAUGCCAUUUGACAGGCUCUACUUCGGCUUGGCGAGUUACAACUGUGUGCUUGCUUGCAUUGCAAUCGGAGGCAUGUUCUAUGCUCUUACCUGGCAGACACACUUGCUGGCACUUGCCUGUGCAUUAUUCUGUGCCUAUGCUGGAGCAGCUCUUGCCAACAUCUUGUCUGUGAUUGGAUUACCAGCCUGCACCUGGCCUUUCUGCUUCUCUGCACUUCUCUUUUUGCUCCUAACUACAAAUAAUUCCGCAAUCUACAAGCUGCCACUCUGCAAAGUCACUUAUCCAGAAGCCAACCGAGUCUACUACCUGAGAAUGAAAAGAAGAGAGCAGAAACCCACUGAUGGUGUUAUGGAGGAACAUUCAAUUGAAUUGGAAGCGGAUGAGUGCCAAGGAGAUAGCCAGCCAAAGCAGAGGAACUUGUUUCAAUUCGAUCAGCAGUCUACACGUUGGCCCGUGCGAAGGAGAAGUAAAGUUUUUGGAAAAGUUGAACAUCUGGAUAGACAAAAUGAGGAUCAGUUUUUCCCUCCACACCAACAACAGGAGAAUGAAUCAGCUAAGGAUCUGAAGGGCAACAUGGCUCCUGAAACCAAAAUCACUGAAGAGAAAAGCACUAAAAAUCAGAACAGAGGGACAACAGGUGUGAAACGCGUCAGCAGAGCUGUCUCCUAUAUCAGGGGAGGAACAAACAUGUCUGGAGGUGGGUCUAAAGAUAAACCUCUAGUGUUUCAGUUUAUUGACUGGGUCUUGCGGGGGACGUCCCAGGUGAUGUGCGUCAAUAAUCCACUCAGUGGGUGUCUCAUGAUUGCUGGAUUCCUGGUCCAGAAUCCCUGGUGGGCUCUCACAGGCUGUUUAGGAACAUCUGUCUCAACGUUAGCAGCACUUAUUCUGAGUCAGGACAGAUCAGCCAUAGAAACAGGACUCCAUGGCUAUAAUGGGACCUUAUUGGGAUUACUCAUAGCUGUGUUUUCUGACAAAGGAGACUAUUAUUGGUGGCUUCUACUGCCUGUAGUUGUUACAUCCAUGGCAUGCCCCAUUCUUUCCAGUGCUUUAGGCUCAGUCUUUAGUAAAUGGGACCUUCCUGUUCUCACCUUGCCUUUCAAUAUUGCUGUGUCUCUUUACUUGGCUGCCACUGGACACUACAACCUCUUCUUCCCUACGACGCUCAUUCAGCCUGUAACAUCAGUGCCCAACAUCACCUGGUCUGAAAUCGAAGUGCCACUGUUGCUAAAAUCCAUUCUGGUGGGAAUCGGUCAGGUGUUUGGUUGUGACAAUCCCUGGACUGGUGGCAUUUUUCUGCUCGCUGUCUUUGUAGCAUCACCACUCAUCUGCUUAUACGCUGCAGUUGGAUCAGCAGUGGGCAUGCUGGCAGGCUUGACUGCUUCAGCGCCCUUUGCUGAGAUCUACUCUGGCUUUUGGGGCUACAACAGUGUCCUCUCCUGCAUUGCAAUAGGAGGCAUGUUCUACGCUCCCACAUGGCAGACCCACUUGCUAGCAGUUGCCUGCGCCUUCUUUGGUGCCUAUCUGGGAGCAGCACUUGCUAAUUCCCUCUCUGUGUUUGGAUUACCAGCCUGCACCUGGCCUUUCUGCUUCUCUGCAUUUCUCUUCCUGCUACUAACUACAGACAACUCUGCCAUCUACAAGCUGCCACUCUGCAAAGUCACUUACCCAGAAGCCAACCGUGUCUAUUACCUGGCAGUGGAAAGAAACAGGAAGGCAACAGUGAUGACAAAACAGCCGUCUAACAUGGCUUCCUAAUGCAGUUGCACAGCUCUGCUCCAAAUAUGUGAACUAAAUCCUCCUUGGGACAUUUCUAAACAAACAAUACUGCAUUUUGUUUUCUGAAGAUGAUGAUUUUCUUCUGUGUAUCAUGAAAUGGAUGUAAUUAUAAUGGAUUUCAUUUUAGAAUUAAGCUGUCUUGCUUAAAGCCUUUACAUACUCAUUUCCUAUAACACAGAGAGCGGUAAGAAUGGCUGAGUUAUUGGAAUGCUGAUUAACUACUGACCCAGAACAUUAGGUCUGCGUCAUGCAUGGAGCUAGGUGAAGGAGGUGAUGCUGGACGGAUCUGUACUAGGUUGAGAUUAGCUUUUGUGGGUGCAAGCAUUUGGGCAUAGAAAUAGCUGAAAUAGCCCAAUAUCCAUUGGUCUCAGGGAAUGGUGUAAAUCUUACUAGACUAACCAUUCUCAUGAAGCUCUUGCCUUUCUGAGGUAGAGCAGUAAAAUAGAAAAUCUUCCCUAGAACCAAAAGGACGGGGACAGCUAUAUAAGGGGGAUGAUGCUGUAUGAUUGAAUAUGACCAUUUAUAUUAUUGAUAUUGCCACUAUUAUACAGUUGCAACAAAUCUUGUACAAAGUAUGUCAUGUAAGGUGUCAAUGGCAGGGGCGGCUCUAUGUAUUUUGAUGCCCCAAGCCCGGCAGUCAGGCGACUUUCGGCGGCGCGCCUGCGGGCGGUCCGCUGGUAACGUGGAUUCAGCAGCAUGCCUGCGGGAGGUCCGUCGGUCCCGCGCCGCCGAAGCCACGGGACUGGCGGACCUCCCCCAGGCAGGCUGCCGAAGGCAGCCUGACUGCCGCCCCAGGCCCGCGCUUGGUACGCUGGUGCCUGGAGCCGCCCCUGGUCAAUGGAAAUGUUAUGAUUUGCUAAGUCUGAAUACCCUGUUUAUAUGCAUGUAUCAUCUUUGUAUUUGAAGUUAUGAACAUUGGCUAUAUACCGACAUUAUACACAUGUGUUGUAUUCCUGGUAAAAUUUACAUUAAGGCCAGACAGCUAUGUAUUGAGGGCCCAUCAAGAACACUUAGCUCUCAUUCCACCCAGAUAGCUCUUCCUGUGGAUACCUCAGACUCCAAGGGGCCAAUGGCCAUCCCUUGUGAGUCUUCAAGCCAUGUAAGGACAUGUGAUAUGCUCAUGUGACCUUGGACUCCAUCUUGGGCCAGUAACUUUCCACAAACAAAGGCCGUGAGCUUUGUUUGAGACAGUAAAUUUCCAGAUACAUGGCAGAAGAUACAAAAGACCCCUGAGAUAUCUCCAUUUUGCCUCUUUUCCUGUCCUGAUUCUAUGGAUGUACAACAAAAAGGAGCAUUUUGAACUAUGGACUCAGGACCUUCCAAUCUUUUGGAAGUUACCAGAGGGGCUUUACAAGCCUGCUACAAACCUGAUAUAAGGACUUUGCAACUAUUUGUAUGUAUAUGAUCUGUUAACCAUUACUAACUCUCUUCUUCUUUUCUUUUUUUAUUAAACCUUUAGUUUAAAAUCACCAUCAGCAUGAUUACCGGGUAAGAUCUGAGUUAUGUAUUGACCUGGCCAAAUGGCUGAUCUCUUGGGAUUAGAGCAUAGGCACCGACUCUGUGGGCGGUCCAGGGCUCAAGCACCCACGGGAAAAAAAAUGGUGGGUGCUCAGCACCCACCAGCCAUGGCUGCUCAGUGGUGCCACUGAUCAGCUGUUUGGC